UAUCAAAAAUCAAAACAGUAAAAUCUAAGGUUAUGAUAAUGUUUAUUAAUUAUUAUUCUUAUUAAUAUAAAUCAAAUAAUCGUAAUAAACAAGCAGUGAAACCAAUGCCAGUUAUCGUAACCUUUUAAAACAUGUUUUUGCUUAUUGUAAGAAAUAAAUCAUCCAUCGUAAAACCUCUGCUUCGUAGGACACUUACAAAUUUUGUCGAAAGGGGUUUAUCAUCCAACAGAAAUGAAAAUCAUUACGAUAUUAUUAUCACCGGUGGUGGAAUGAUUGGCACAACAUUAGCAUGUACCUUGGGCAAAAAUGCAAAAUUGGCAAAUAAACACAUACUGUUGUUGGAAGCUGGUAAACAAAAAGUGUGGUCCCUUCCAGAGAAAUAUAGUAAUAGGGUAGUAUCUAUAAAUCCAGGAACUUAUAAAUUACUAAAUUACAUCGGUGCAUGGAAACACAUCGAAGCUAGUCGAUAUGCAGCUGUUAAAAGACUGCAGGUUUGGGAUGCUGUAUCAGAUGCUUCAAUUACAUUUGGUGAAGAAGAAAAUACUGAUAACGUCUCAUAUAUUGUAGAAAAUGAUUUAUUAAUAGCGGCUGUAAAUGAAGAAGUAAAAACAGUUGAUAAAGUUAAGAUUCAAUAUAAUGCCAGGGUAAAGGACUAUCAUUUACCGGAGUACCACGAAAAUGUCACACAAAUUACUUUAGAUAAUGGUGAUACGUACACCUGCGAACUGUUGUUGGGCUGCGAUGGAGUAAACUCAGAAGUUAGAAAGGCAAUGAAAGUGAACUAUUUGAACUGGAAUUAUCAUCAACUGGGUGUUGUUGCCACACUUAAACUGUCUGAGAGCAUCAAAAACAUCAUAGCUUGGCAGCGGUUUUUACCAACAGGUCCUAUAGCUUUCCUACCUUUGACGGAUAAUCUAAGCUCCUUGGUUUGGUCCACAACGCCUGAAAAUGCCAAGGAGUUACUGAAGAUACCGGAGGAUCAGUUUGUAGAUGCAGUAAAUAGUGCAAUGUGGAAAAACUACGAAAAAAGCAACAUAAUCGAUCAGGCCACCAGAACGUUCGACUCCGUUUUACGUCUAAUGAAUUGCCCUUCUGACACUGUAAGACAAUUUCCUCCAAAAAUAGCUGGAAUUGAGGAAGGGAGCAGGGCUGCUUUUCCCCUAGGUUUCGGUCAUUCCUUAAAUUACAUCGGAAAGGGUGUAGCGUUGGUGGGAGAUGCUGCACACAGAAUACAUCCUCUGGCUGGACAAGGGGUUAAUUUGGGAUUCGGAGAUAUUACCUGUUUAAACGAAGUUCUAGGAAAUGCUGUGUAUUCUGGCAGUAGACUAAAUAAUCUUAGCUACCUGAAAGAAUACGAAACGGAGAGGCAAAGGCACAAUAUACCGACCAUGCUGGCAGUUGAAGGACUCCACAGGCUGUACAAUUCCGACUUUACACCCCUGGUGCUUCUGAGAAGUCUGGGAUUGCAAGCUACCCAUGCCCUUUCUCCUGUCAAGAGGGCUAUUAUAAACCAGGCUUCAACUUGAAAAAGUAAUAAUAUUAUUAAUAUUGAAACUGUACUUAUUUCUUAUACUUUGUUAAUGUAGCUAUGAAUAAAAAAAUCUACCUAUUAUUCAGUGUA